AUGACUCCAGAUGAAGUUCGGGCCAAGGUCGAGCGAUGGAGAGGGCGAGGAGCGAAGUGGAUCCAGGUGUACGUCGACAAGCUUGCCCCGCACACUGGAUACCGCUGGGCUGGGCUUGCUGCCCUGUUGUGUGUUUAUGUUCUGCGCGUGUUUCUGGUCGGAGGCUUCUACCUGGUGACGUACGGUCUGGCGAUCUACAAUCUGGGACUGUUCAUAGGCUUCUUGACCCCCGCGCAGCUGCCUUCGCAAGAGGAGGACGGGCCUGCGCUUCCCACGCGGAACGACGACGAGUACCGGCCCUUCCUCCGUCGACUCCCCGAGCACAAGCUGUGGUGGUCGUCGUCGAAGAGCAUCGUCAUCGCUCUGUGCAUGACGCUGACGCGUGCGUUCGACCUCCCGGUGGUGUGGCCGGUGCUCGUCUUCUACUGGCUGCUGCUCUUCUUCGUGACGAUGCGGCGCCAGGUGAGCAUGUGGCGCAAGUACAACUACCUGCCCUUCGACCUGGGCAAGAAGAAGUACGCCGGGAAAGGCGGGGGUCGAAAGAAGGAGGCACGACACUGA